AUGAUUCAGAUCAAAAAUACUUUUAAAGCAAAGAAUAUUAUUAAGUAUUCUAAGGAAAGCGAGGAGGAUUCAGAGGAAAAGAAAUAUAUGGGCGGUCCAAUUAAGAUCAAAAUCAGUGUAAAAGAGGAUUUUACUUCUAGUUUUCUUAAACUGCCAGGGUGUAUAGCAAUUGACAUACGAGUAUGUCUCAAAAAACGUUUUCCUCAUUCUGAAGUCGAAAAGGAAGGCUCACUUAAAUUUUUCUUACAAAAAUUCAGUCUUGACAGCGAAAAAAGCACCUUCUUGUUAACCGCGAGAAAUAUGCAUGGAGAAGUCACUUCCAUAGCUUAUUACAAGAGUUCUAAAGACAUAGAAAAAGGGAAAUAUCCUAGUGCAUACGUAUUUUCACCUAAAAAAGGAAUUAAAAGAGAAAGGCCUGUAACAGGAUUGGAUUUUACUUCAUUAUAUCCCA